GACGUUGUCUAGUGGGGCGGUCCGUGUCAGUGGCGGAGGUGGCGGCGGCGCGCGGCCUGGGGCUCGUGCUGGGCUCGGCGCGCCUCCCGCCCCCCUCUAUGAAGCAAAAGCCGCGGCGGCCGUUAGUGCUGUCGCUUCGGGGACCGUGGCGGGCGGGGCUCUGGCGGCGCCCGGCCUAGUCCCCUCCCCAGCCCGGCUGUCACAGCCGUCCGCCCUCCCUCCCGCUCCCCGAUGCAGGGGGCCGAGCUCCGGGAUGGUGAGGCGGCGGCGGCGGCCGCUUCGUACCGAGUGCUGAGCCGCCUCCUGGGCUAUGGAGAGGCGGCCCCCGAGCCGGGCCAGCCGCCGCCGCCACCUGGCCAUGGACCCCCGCCACCGCCCUUCCUCGCGAGGCCCGGCCCCCGGGGCUCGCGGCCGCCCCAGCUGAUGGUGUUCCGCAACGUGGGGCGGCCGCCGGAGGACGAGGACGCCGAGGCGGCGCCGGGCCCGGGACCAGCGGAGCUGCUGUGUCCGCGACACCGCUGCACCCUGGACCCCAAGGCCCUGCCGUCGGGCUUAGCGCUCGAGCGGGCCUGGGGCCCCGCAGCCGGACUGGAGGCGCAGCUGGCGGCCCUGGGGCUUGGGCAGCCGGCGGGCCCGGGAGGCAAGGCGGCGGGCGGGGGUUGCUGCCCCUGCCCCGCGCAGCCGCCUGCUCCUCAGCCCCCGCCGCCGGCCGCCGCCCUACAGGCCAGGGAGGACCCUACGGAGACGAGCGACGCGCUGCUUGUCCUGGAGGGCUUGGAGUCGGAGGCCGAGAGCCUGGAGACCAACAGCUGCUCGGAAGAGGAGCUCAGCAGCCCGGGCCGCGGAGGAGGGGGCGGCCGGCUGGUGCUGCAGCCCCCGGGACCUGAUUUGCCCCCGGCUCCCUUCCCGCUGCAGGACUUUGUCCCUUCGGGCCGGCCGAGCCGAGCGGAGCAGCAGCUUCCUCCGCCGCCGCCGCCGCCCGCUGGGCCUCUCCGGCCUCUCGCGGGCCCCUCUCGGAAAGGCUCCUUCAAGAUCCGCCUCAGCCGCCUCUUCCGUACGAAGAGCUGCAACGGCGGCUCGGGCGGCGGGGACGGGACCGGCAAGAGGCCUUCGGGAGAACUGGCCGCCUCCGCCGCGAGCCUCACCGACGUGGGAUGCUCUGCGGGUCGGGAGGUGGACGUGGGGAGGAAACCCAGGUUGACGAGAACUCAAAGUGCCUUUUCUCCGGUCUCCUUCAGCCCCCUGUUCACAGGUGAAACUGUGUCGCUUGUGGACGUGGACAUUUCUCAGCGGGGGCUGAGCUCCCCGCAUCCUCCAACUCCCCCUCCUCCUCCGAGAAGAAGCCUCAGUCUCCUAGAUGAUAUCAGUGGGACGCUGCCGACAUCUGUCCUGGUGGCUCCGAUGGGGUCUUCCCUGCAGUCUUUCCCCCUUCCUCCGCCUCCUCCGCCCCAUGCCCCAGAUGCGUUUCCCCGGGUUGUGCCCACCCGGGCUGCCGAGUCCCUGCACAACCAGCAGCCCCAGCAUCUGCAGUGUGCCCUCUACCGGCCCGACUCCAGCAGCUUUGCUGCCAGCCUCCGAGAGCUGGAGAAGUGUGGUUGGUACUGGGGCCCCAUGAACUGGGAGGAUGCGGAGAUGAAGCUGAAGGGGAAGCCGGAUGGUUCUUUCCUGGUGCGAGACAGCUCUGAUCCUCGGUACAUCCUGAGCCUCAGUUUCCGGUCCCAGGGUAUCACCCACCACACCAGGAUGGAGCACUACCGAGGAACCUUCAGCCUGUGGUGCCAUCCCAAGUUUGAGGACCGCUGUCAGUCCGUGGUGGAGUUCAUCAAGAGAGCCAUCAUGCACUCCAAGAACGGGAAGUUCCUCUACUUCCUGAGAUCCAGAGUUCCAGGCCUGCCUCCAACUCCGGUUCAGCUGCUCUACCCUGUGUCCAGAUUCAGCAACGUCAAAUCUCUCCAGCACCUGUGCCGAUUCCGGAUCCGACAGCUUGUACGCAUAGAUCACAUCCCGGAUCUCCCACUGCCCAAACCUCUAAUCUCCUACAUUCGGAAGUUCUACUACUACGAUCCUCAGGAGGAGGUGUACCUUUCUCUGAAGGAAGCGCAGCUCGUCUCCAAACAGAAGCAAGAGGCGGAACCCUCCACGUAGCUCGGCCCGGCCAGUGGCUACCACAGGCUUUUGUUGUCCAGCUCUGGUCUGAAGACCCCGCGGAGUGAGCAGAGGAGGAGGGGACGGGAGGGCCUGGCCUGGAGGCAGCGCAGCCAUGGCUGUCGGGGUGGCGCAGCGCCCUCCGGUGUGUGGAUAGCGGGCUCUGGAGGCCUGAGGAAGUCCCAAUGCUGUUUCUUUUCAGAAGUUUCGUUUUUAAUCUUUGUCUCGGUGUGGAAGACUCCUGCUAUAGGCAGCCUGGCUCUGUGCCGGUUGAGCAGGGGUCGUUGCAGGACUUGAGUCCCCCAGGAAGGUGACAGUCUCCGCGCCAUGUCCCCGGGGCAGGGGAGCAAGCUGCCAGCGCCGUCCAUACUGGAGGAAUGCACGCCUCUGUUCAGUUUCUUCAAGGCUUUGGAACCAAAUUUGAGAAAAGCCUUCGAGGAGGCUGUGUCAGCUUGUUUACCUGAAUUCCGUGGGCCCUGAGCCCUGAACUCAGCCAUUCUGCCUCCAUCCUGAGGCAGGUUUCCCGGAGGAGUCAGGCACAGUAGUCCCCGCUGUCACAGUGUGGGUGUUUUCUCAUCCCCAGCCAUCCCUGCUGGCUGCCUGGGGUUCCCCAUGCCAAACCCAUAUCUGCCCCCCCUUCCCUGGGGUGCCUCCAGGGUCCCAAGUCCAGCAGAAGAGCACGGCUCAUCUCAUCAGUAUUUCAGGUUCCCACCAUCACCCCGCCCUGGGGGAGAUGGCAAGGGCUGCCUCCUUCCCUGCUUCCUGCCAGCCCCAGCCCUUUCUGGACCACCCUGCUGCCCUCCCUCCGCCGGGGCCUGGGAGAUGCCUUGUGAGGUCCCUGUGGCAGACCAGGAGCUCGGGGCUUCUUAGUGGCCUUUGCUCCUGCAGCCGCCAUGGCUAGCACUGUGGCACUGGUGUGUGCGCUGCUGAGGGACUGCUGGUGACAGGCGUGCUGUGGUGCUUGCUGGCCUGCUGCCCAGUGUCUGAGACUGCCACUGCGGGACCCGAAGCUCACAGCUGCCUGAGCUCACUGGAUCAGCAACACCAGCGACACUAUUGGGUCUAGGAGCAGAGCUGUGUCCUGCUCACCUCCAGGACUCCAGCCCUACAUUGAGCACUGAGCAGAGGUCCCGGCCUCGUGACCGGGCUGUGAAGAAACAGCCAGAGAGAGCUUUGCAGGAACGGAACCCACUUCCAUGGUGCUUGGCCCUCUUUGGGCAGAGAGACCCCAGAGAGGUCCUUCAUGUCUGCGGAAGGUGCCGCCCCACCUUGGAGCUGCCGGCCUGGCCUCCUUUCAGCCCUCAGGCAGAUUGGCAACCACCCCUGAGUAUUUUAUGUGCACAUGUUUGGCUCCGGACUGGAUGCUGUGGCUACCAGGCAGAAGGUUCAAUUGCUGGCCGGAGGGGAGCUUGAGCGUGAGUGCUGCACACGAAGUCCCUGCAGGGCGCUGGUGGCAGCUGAGCAAGGACUGGUGAGGACGGUUGGAGUGGGUGAGCUCAGAGACUAGAUGGUCUGGAAGCUCCAGUGAUGCAGUUCGGGCGUAGGAGGGCAACGAGGCAAGGAGCACUGAUGGAGCCAGAAGGCGGGAUGGCCUCAGCCCCCGGGCUGGGCCUAGGCUUCUUCGGAGAAUCCACAGGCUCAGGAACAAAAGCAGAGCAGCAGCCAGGGUGUGGCCAGGGCCCUGUCACCUGCUCCGUGCUGGAACCUUUCCAGGGAGCCCGGGACUGUGGGUGGCCGGGGGGUAGGGGGAGCUGCCCCGCAGGGCCUCUGUCCUCACCAGGGCUGCUUCGUCACCAUGCAGGAGCUCACUGUAGGUGUCCAGGCGUGAUAUGUACCCUGCCCUGCUCGUGUAACCUACAGGUCACCCAGCUGCUGGGGCCCCGGGUUGCUGUGGCUGCUGCUGUAGCCUGCUGUCACCUGAAAUGUGGUGCUAAGUGAGGAGGGCAGGAGUGUGGAUGCUGGGGACUAGGUCAGAGGGUGACAGUUGGCCUUUAAAGGGUGGGGGACCACUGGCAUGUGGUCUGGUCCCCCGCCCGCCCCUGUGGAGCUGAGCUACCUCCCCUCCCUUUCCCCCUUGGGUGGGUGGCGGUGCCUUGGGGAAGCACCCACAGGGAGGAGAAGUGGCCCGAGGCCACAGGAGCUGGGAGUGCCACAGGGUGGGCUCCAGCCCUCCUGAGCCCCAGAGCAUGGCUGCGCGUGUCCUCUGGCUUGCGGAAGUCCUGCUCCAGUCCAGUGCCCAGGGAGCCUGGUUUGUUCCCAGUGCUGAGAGAGAGCUGUGCCCCUCGCCUGGCCCGGGCUUUGGCGUUAGACGUUUUCCCUAUGGGAAUCCUCUGGGUGGCCUGUGGGAGGGGUGGAUGGGUGGUUUUGGUCUCUAUUGUCCACGCAGCUGUCCUCACACUGAACUGUGCUAUUGCAUACACGUAGGCAUCUUUCCUUUCACUGCAGCAGUGUUUAUCAGUAGUUCAGAUGAGUUAUUUGCUCCUGGGGAGUAAAACCUUUUUUAUUAAAAAAAAAGAAAAAGAAAAAGAAAAAAAAUGAAACAAGAAAAACAGAAGUGUCCCCAUUAUGAUUGCUGUAGGAUUAUGGGGCCAUAGCGUCUAGUCUGCAAGUCCCCACCGUGAGUCCUGCUGUGACGAGCCUGUGCGGCAGGUGACAGGAGGCCUGGGAGAAGUGCAGAAGGCAGUGCCCGUUCUGGGAGAGAGGCUGGGGCUCUGGAGCCACAGUCAGGAGGCCUGGGAGGUGCGUUUCAAACACCAAUGCCUCUGCCCUGGGAGAAGCUUGAUGUACUUGCAGAUCCCACGUCCUCUUCAACCUUGUUGCUUUUCGGCCUCCUGACAGGUGUCACCUGGGCUCUCCUGCAUCCCUCCUCCCUAUACCCUCUGUACCCCCUUCCCCACCGCAUCUACCUCCCGAGCUAGCCCAGCAUGUGGAAUUCACCCUGCUUCUCUGUCACCUCAGUGGGUUUCAGGGGCACCCGGAGCUGCCGCCCCUCAGCCAAGAUGCACCUGGCAGGCAUUCAGGAAGACCCAAACCGAACGUUUGGUUGCAGCUGGACUGCGAUUGGGUUGCUCCUGGCGGCGUGUGAGGAUAUGGGGUGCUGUCGCCUUGAGCCACUAGCUUGGGGUUGGGGGGCAGGCCAGGCGGAGGUCUCGUCUGUCACUGGUGCUCCCUUGAGGGACAGGCAGGACCAGGACCCCGAUGUUGCUGUGCAUUCUGGUUCAUAAGGACUUCAAGGAAGAGGGGUGUCAUCCUUGGACCCAGGGGUCACCGACAAUUCACCAGAAAGGGGGCCACAUGUGCCAUCACCAUGACCUCCUCAGCCGCCUUGUCCAAGCCAAUGUGUGGCCUGGCUUUUGUCUUCUCAUCCCCUCCCUUUUUUGUGCUUAAUUUAUUAAAAUAGUGCUGUAUAAUUUAUUUUCAUAAACUAUUAAAAAUGACUAAAUUGUUAAAAUAGACUUGCAGGCCAAUCUUAAAUGGGGUAGGAGGUGCCGAGGGCGGGAGGGAGAGAUGUUUUGAUAUGAACAGGACAGAUGCACUUUGGGGGUGUGUGGGUAUUUCCUGGGGCCGCGGGGUGUCGGGCGGGGUCCCUGUGGGCUGCUUCAGAGCGGGUCGUCUGUACAUACUGUAUCCAUAGGCAUGUUCCACUCUCUAAGGCCGUUAGUGACUGCUGCAGGUCCUGUUUGGAAGCCCCGUGUACAGUUCCUGGUUUUGUAAGUGUCGGUGCAGGAGCAUCUGACUCUUGUGUUUGUAUCUCCUUUUUAUGGUUGCUGUACCGACCCAUGUCUUGGGGGGGGGGGUGAAAAGAGAUUUGAAAUAAAAAUGUUUAGAAAUUC